AUGCACCAUACUCACCCGCCCCUCCACACAGAGACUUUCGACUUCCGGUACGGCCGAGUAGGCGUAAAUAGAAAGCAAUUGCGGGCCUUGUUCCAUGGCCAAGUAAACCAAGUGCGAUGGAGCGAGCGCGCUGCCGUUCUCAACCACAUCUUUUCUCACUACGUCAAUGGAGACAGGGAGCCGUGCUGCAAUGCGCGCAAGCUACUUCUGUAUGACUCAUCGAAAGUCAAUGACUCAAACGAACAGAAACUUCCAAUCAUCCUUGUUGGCCACGACAUCCCUUCGGAUCUUCUCUCGUUGAACAAGGCGGGUAUCAGCAUAAAUGACAUAGCCACCGUGACCGCGAUCAUCGACACGCAGAAGCUUGCUCGCGAGAUGUACAAGGCUGACGAUCCUGGAUGGAAUGUAUCGCUCCGAACGCUAUGUCGCCUGGUCGGUAUGAUACCUACAAAGUUGCACGAUUGCGGGAACGAUGCUGCGUGGACGCUACUUGUGCUUUUCAGUCUCGCUGCGAAGCUGAUCAGCGAGGAUGACGCAGGGAGAGAAAUACUAGAGGAGGUUGUAAGAGAAGGUGCACGCGAUAGUAAGACUAGGAAGCAAAGGAACAAGGGAAGUAGAGUGGGGAAUAAAGAAGAUCAGGUGGACUGGGCGGACAAUCUCGUUGUUGAAGUUCCUUGA